AUGGCUGCUUGGCGCUGCCAGAGAGCACUGCUGAGCGGUGGCAGCUGGCUGUGCCCUACAUCCAGGGGCGUGGGAAGGACCACCUCUGCCCCGGGGGCCCUCCAAGCUGUCCAGGAGAAACCUCGGACUUCGGAGGACCUCCCACGGGUCAGCAACUGGGAAAUUCUGUACAGGAUGAUAUUUCAGCGCUUCCACAACCGACUGCAUGAGUUACAGAUCUAUGAAAAGCAGCUGUAUGGGCCCAUAUACAAAUCGAUAUUCAAGUCAGUUUCAGUCAACACCCCUGAGCUCAUGGAGGAGCUCCUGAGGAAGGAUGAGAAGUUCCCCAGCAGAGGAGACAUGACGGUGUGGACAGAGUACCGGGACAUGAGGGGACUGGGCUAUGGACCUUUUACAGAAGAAGGGGAGCAGUGGUACAAGCUGAGGGUGGUGUUGAACAGACGGAUGCUUCAUCCAAAAGACUCUGCUCAGUACUCCGGGGUCAUCACCGAUGUGGUUACAGACUUUACCAAAAAGAUCAAAAACGUGCGCCACAGCAGCCCCACAGGGGAUCUUGUUCCGGACAUUGCCAACGAGCUGUAUCUGUUUUCACUAGAGGGUAUCUCCUCCAUAUUAUUUGAGACGAGGCUCGGCUGUUUGGAGAAGGAAAUCCCUGCCGGCACACGAGAGUUCAUCCAGUCCAUCGCACAGAUGUUCUCCAACAGUAUGGCCGUGGUGCUGAUGCCAAAGUGGAGCCGCCGUCUGCUUCCUUAUUGGGGGCGUUACAUCGCCGGCUGGGAGGGCAUCUUCACUUUUGCUAAAGUGUUGAUUGACAAGAAGAUGAAGGACAUUCAGCAGCAAGUGGACAAAAACGAGGACAUGAAGGGGGAGUAUCUGACGUACAUCCUCUCAAACACGGAGAUGAGCCUUAAAGACGUUUACGCCAGCAUCACUGAGCUGCUCCUGGCUGGAGUGGACACGACCUCCAACACGCUCACAUGGGCCUUGUACGAGCUGUCCAUGAACCCCCAAGUCCAGGACAAACUGUAUGAAGAAGUGUCCUCGAUGGUACCUGCAGACCAGAMCCCCACUGCUGCUCAGGUCACCCACAUGCCGUAUUUACGAGCUGUCAUCAAGGAAGCUCUCAGGAUGUACCCCGUUGUUCCUAYAAAUGCAAGGAUCAUAAAAGAACAACCGGUAACUGUUGGUGGAUAUAAGUUCCCAAAGAACACUACUUUCAACUUCUGUCACUACGCCAUGAGCCAUGAUGAGAACACCUUCCCACAGUCAAACACGUUUCAGCCCGAGAGGUGGCUCCGCGACGGCCGCCAGAGGCCCAACCCGUUUGGCUCCAUCCCCUUCGGCUUCGGGGUGAGAGGCUGCGUCGGGCGCAGGAUCGCUGAGCUGGAGAUGUAUUUGCUUCUGUUUCACCUGAUCCGUCAAUUUGAAGUGAAACCAGACCCCAAAACUGGGAAGCUAAAAAGCGUCUAUCGGACCGUUCUGGUUCCAGACAAACAACUGGACCUGCACUUUGUGGACAGAAAAUGAAGAAAAUCAGCGUCACUCAUUUUUUACACACCAGAAUGACUGAAAAGGUUGUGUAUAAAAGCUGAUUAUGUGAUAUUAUCGUUUGUUGCAGGGGAUAAUGCUCUAUUUCAUCCCUACUGACCGCCAGAGGCGGUGCUUAAAGCACUGAAUGAUCACUCUUGCGCAUGCUCAGGUCGAGAAUCUUAUACC